AGAAUGACUCAUGGUUCCAAAUGCGUAUGCAAAAGUUAUAAUGUUCAAAACCUUUCAACAAAAUCCCAUUGCAUAAACUACAGAAAACAAUCCAGGGAAGAAUAUAGGAGACAAUUCGGUUCAAUUUGAAGUUUGAAUUUUAACAGCUGUGGAGUGGAAAAACAUGGCUUCGAGACAAGCAGUUAAGGAAGAAAGAGCGGAGGCAGCUGCAAGGGAAGCAGCUAAUGAACUUCAUGAUGUAAACAAGGCUAGAAGUGUGAAAGGUAGCAUCAUGCACGAAGAAACUCCAUACAGUCAGGGGCAUGAGCAGAGAAGUACUGGCGUAAUCGGAAGCAUAUUUCAGUCUGUUAAAGAGACGAUCAGUGGGAAGUCUCAUGACACAACCGAGACGACAAGAGAAAGUGAGGCAGCAGAAAAAGUGGGUGAGUACAAGGAUUACACGGAAAAGAAGACGAAGGAGAUGGAGGAUUCUGCUGCAGAAAAGGCAAAACAAGCCAAAGAUUCCACAAUGGGAAAAGCGAGUGAUGUUAAGGAGAAAGAAAAGGAGACAAAGGAUUCGUUUAUGGGACAAGCGACUGAACUUAAAAACAAAGCUGUAGAGAAAGCUGAGGGGACGAAGGAUUCGACAAUGGGGAAGGCCAGUGAAUAUAAGGACAAUGCAGCUGAGAAAGCUAAGGAGGCGAAAGAAGCUACCAUGGCAAAAGCCAGUGACUAUAAGGAUUAUGGUGCAGAAAAAGCAGGAGAGUGCAAGGAUUCAAUAGCUGAUAAAGCAAAGCAAACGAAAGAUACAGCAGUUGGGUAUAAGGACUAUACAGCAGAGAAAGCUGUAGAAGGAAAGGAUACUAGUUUCAGUAAGAUCUCUGAGCUAAAAGAUUCAGCCGCUGAUGCUGCUAGAAGAGCUGUCGGUUUAUUCACAGGGAAAAAAGAAGAGGCUGCCGGUGAAGCACAAAAAAAGGAGGAACCAAAGGAACUAUACGAAGAAACAGAGGAGAAUGCAAGGAAGAAGAUGCAAGAUCUUAAGCUCAAAGAAGAAGGAAUCCAGGACGAGUCUAGACAGAGAGCCGAGGCAGAUAAAGAAACAGCAGCUGCUAGGGGAAGUACGGCAAAAAGGAAUAUAUAUAGUGCUAUGGGGAAUCUAACAGGUUCCAUCAAGGAGAAGUUAACAAUGCCAAGUGACAUAGUAGAGGAGACCCGUGCAGCACGUGAGCUGGGUGGACCGAAGAGGGGUAUGAGAACCGAUAUUAAUGAGGGGAGUCCUGCUGCACAAUCAGGUUUCGUUUUCACAACAGCAAAGGAUGACAUGAGUUCAUAGACAGCGAUCUUGCAUGAUGUAAUGUCAACUUGUUCCCACUUAUUUUCAGUAGUUAUAGCUGCUCCGUUCCGGGCUUGUCCUAUAAAAGAAACUAGGCAUGUAUAAGUGCACUGUAUUUGUUUGUUCCACUUCUCUUCUAUGGUUUGUAGAACAAGUAUUAUGUGAGGAAACUUGAUUAAAGGAAUGAUAAUGAUGUCCAUAUAUUAUGGUUAUUUCA